CAGGAUGAGGAACUCUGAAUCUUCCAUAUUGAGGAUGGACAAGGUUCUGUGGUUUUUUUUCAGGAACCAGAUGAAGCUGAUGCUAGCAUCUCUCUGCUAUUUGAAGGAGCUAGCAUUUCACCAUCCAACAUGAUGCAGCUGGAAUGAAAUGUUAAGGAUGAGAGAGAUCCAAGGACUGUUUGCAAAGGGAGAAACAAAUGGCAUACAAAUUCUCUCUUUUUCACCUCUAGCUGUGAUUUUGUGUUGAAAGCAGAAUUCUCCAGACACUGAAACUUCUCCCCUGGCACAGAUGAUGUCCUGCCAGAUGGAAAAUCUGUCAGCAUUUGUUUGGAAUUUAAGGGGUGUGCAGUCAUCAGGAAGAAAGGAAUUCUCAAGAUGUUCAUGGCCUUGAAUUACAUCAAAAUUGUUCAUAGCCAAGAACAUAAUGAGGCUGCAGCGUCUGGGGAUAACCCAUGUUCUGAAUGCAGCAGAGGGGAAAUCAUUCAUGCAUGUGAACACUAAUGCAGAGUUCUAUGAAGGCUCAGGCAUCAGAUACCAUGGCAUUAAAGCUAAUGAUACACAGGAAUUUAACCUCAGUCGCUACUUUGAGGAGGCAGCUGAUUUUAUUGACAAAGCCCUUUCCCAGAAGGAUGCCCCCCAUUGCAGCAUGACCCUGAGCUGUGACUGUCUCCCUGCAGGCCAGGUGCUGGUGCACUGCCGGGAGGGCUACAGCCGCUCGCCCACGCUGGUCAUCGCCUACCUGAUGCUGCGGCGCGGCAUGGACGUGCGCGGCGCGCUCUGCGCCGUGCGCCAGCAGCGCGAGAUCGGCCCCAACGACGGCUUCCUCCGGCAGCUCUGCCAGCUCAACGAGCGCCUGCUGAAGGAGGGCAAGGUCAAAGCCUAGAGCACAGCGCCACAGUGGUUUUGUUUGCACUUGGGCAGAGCUUUAGAGGAUGGGUUAGGCGCUUUAGAGACGCAGAUUGCAAGCACCGGGCUGGAAUUCCUGCUUGUCUAGUGGAAGUGUCCGUCUGGAACUCUGCGAUGCUUUCGAGAUGGGACAGAACUGUGUCACUGUUUGGAGCUGUUGCCAUAAAGGGAUGUUUGUAGAGGGAUGACUCCAGCUGUCUCCACACGCAUUUCAGAGCCCCUGCAGACUCCAUGGCAUACGUGGUUUGCAUUGACAUUGAAUGUGAUUUGUUUAAGCUUUGUCUUUAGUCUCACCACGUUAGCAGUGUGCAGGAACACGUAAUCACAGAAUGAUUGUAUGCAGGUGCUUUUACUGAAGAGCUUUGGGUGUCAGGGGUCCAGACCCAAAUCUGACUCCAGCAUGGGUUCAGGAUGAACACGUUUUUAUACCCUUACUGUUAUAUAACUACCUAUUAAUUAUUAUACUUAUAUUGUUCUAUUGCAUACAUUGAUUUCAUCCGAGCAUGGAUUUUUGUAAUUUGACGAGCCCUUGGGGACACUGCACUGGGACUGUCCCAGUGCCACUCCCAGUGUCCCCAGUGCCACUCCCAGUGUCCCCAGUGUCCCCAAUUCCCUGUUCCCAGUGCAAACUGGAGCUGGUGGAGGGGUCCCCUGUGUCCUGCACGGAGCUGGAGCUGUUUGGUGCUGAGGACGAGCCCUUGGGGACACUGGACUGGGACUGUCCCAAUGUCCCCAGUGCCACUCCCAAUCCAGAAAUCCAAUACAUUGAUUUCAUCCAAGUGUGGAUUUUUGUAAUUUCCAUCAAACCCCCCAAACAUAAUUUCUCAUGAUUCUUGUUACGAUUAAACAAUAAUUAUAUCCAAUUACCAAACAAUCAUCACAUUUAACAAUCACAUCAUUUAUCAUAUAACAAUCAUAUCAUUUACCAUAGUCAUUAAAUGAUUAUACAGGUGCAGUUUUGCAUGAUCCAGUAAAGCCUAACUUUCCCAGGGCCUACCAGGCCCAACCUUUCUUUCCAAGUCCCCUGAAUAUCCCAUGAUUUUAGAAACAUUUUAUCCCUAUACUAAACCAGAGCACCAGCUCCCAAAACGUCCCACACAUCCCUUCACUCACUCUUAAUAGGAGCACUGUAAUUUCUAAAGCUUCUUUUUCAUGCACACAGGUGCCUAAAGUUUGAAUGUAGGAGCUUCAAGGAAUGGGAAGCGUAUGUACAAAUGCACAGAUGCAUUCACUUGGAAAACAAAGUGCAUGCAGUGUUUUGUGUGGAUUUAUGCAAUACACAGUGUGAGAGUAAAGCCACGUUGAGCCCAUGCUUGAUGCACACUGUGUUUCCAAGAAUAGCUUUUUUAUCUCUUCUGUUACAAUGGACAUUAAAUAGUCUGUUAUUAAAUGCUCUUUUAUUUUUAUUUUGAAAUCAUACUAGGAAAAAAUGUCAAGAGCAAAUGCUGAGGGAAGAGCUCGAACAAGGAAGAAAUAAUAUUAGUAUUUAGAAGUGCUUGUGGUGGUUGUAUAAUUUAAGUAUCCUAAUAUAAUGCCUUUCAAAGCUUGUAUGGAAUUACAGUGUCUUUAUCUCUUCUUUACUGUCACUGUUCAGUAACAGAAUGGAAUGACCACACGUGCAGAUUCCUUCCAGCUUACAAAGCAGUUUGCAGAAGAACACUCUUGGCUUCUUGGAUUGCUUGCAUGGUAUCAUGAAAUAAAAAUGAGCAUUGUAAUGUACCACACUGUAUAGGAAAUAUUUACAUUCUGUUCAAAUAAAUGACUUGGUUCUGUUUA